AUGAUUCAAAGCUCAACCAGAAGCAAAUGGUUCACUUUGUUUAUGCUUUUGUUUGCUCUUUUUGCUUCUGCAAUACUUGGAGAAGAUGAAAGUAUUUCGAUUUUGAAAUACGUUGUUAUUAUUGCAGGGUUAGUGAGUAACGGUGAUUUUGAAACCCCACCAACAAAUGGCUUCCCUAAAGAUGAGGCCAUAGUAGAUGGGCCCAGUGAAAUUCCAGGGUGGAAAACAAGCGGCACCGUAGAGCUGGUAUCCUCUGGGCAAAAGCAGGGUGCGAUGAUCCUCAUUGUACCACGAGGUAGACACGCAGUAAGAUUGGGGAAUGACGCAGAGAUCAGCCAAGAAUUGACGGUGGAGAAGGGAUCUGUUUACUCGGUCACGUUCAGCGCGGCUCGCACGUGCGCACAACUGGAAUCACUGAACGUGUCAGUGCCGCCUGCAUCACAGACCAUAGACCUGCAGACAUUGUAUAAUGUGCAAGGGUGGGAUCCAUACGCGUUGGCUUUUGAGGCAGAAGAGGAUAAAGUGAGUUUGGUUUUUACGAAUCCCGGCAUGGAGGAGGACCCCACUUGUGGGCCCAUCAUUGAUGAUAUUGCGAUAAAAAAGCUGUUCACUCCUGAGAGGCCCAAAGGUACCAACUCACUUUUUGCGUUUUUUCUUUUGAAUUUCUCUGCUAAUUUAUUUAUUAACUUCCUACUCACUCGUUCCUUUCUGCUGCAUUUGUUUUUCUCCUCAGAAAAUGCAGUAAUUAAUGGUGAUUACGAGGAAGGCCCAUGGAUGUUUCCGAACGUUUCACUUGGGGUCUUGCUCCCCACCAAACUAGACGAAGAAACAUCAUCAAUUCCCGGUUGGAUUAUUGAAUCAAACAGGGCUGUCCGUUACAUAGACUCUUACCAUUACUCAGUUCCACAAGGCAAACGUGCCAUUGAAUUGCUUUCAGGCAAGGAAGGCAUAAUUUCACAAAUGGUUGAAACGACACCCAACAAGCCAUACACGAUGUCGUUUGCCUUGGGCCAUGCUAGGGACAAAUGCAAGCAGCCACUAGCAGUUAUGGCCUUUGCCGGUGAUCAGGCCCAAAACAUCCAUUACACGCCCGACUCUAACUCCACCUUUCAGAUUGCUAAUCUUAACUUCACAGCCAAGGCUGAAAGGACUCGCGUUGCAUUUUACAGUGUGUAUUACAAUACCAGGACUGAUGAUAUGAGCUCCUUGUGUGGGCCAGUGGUGGAUGAUGUUAGGGUAUGGUUUUCAGAGGCUAGGAGGAAUGGAUUUGGAGGGCUUGGGCUAUGGGUGUUUGUUUUGGUUUUGGUUUUGGUUUUGGGUUAA